ACUUGCAGGUUUUUUUUUUUGUGUAAUUUAUUGGAUACAUCCAACGAUUUAAGCAAACCGCUGAUUAAAUAUCACACAAUCGGCAUCUUCUACUUCAUUAUUUCAUGAACAAUAGAGGUUCUCGUCAAAAGCGAAACGCUGAAAACGUGAUUUAAACCUGACAAUCCCUUCAAACCUUUUCGUAUAAAUAAAAAAGUUAAUCAAUAAUAUCGCAAUAAUAGCACAUAAUAAAUAAAUGAAUUAACAACAGAAUCUAAUGGAAAUUAAAAGGGUUUCAUAAACGAGUAAGAUGUGGAAGUUUUUGGUAAUUAUUUUGUCACUAUUAACGAAGGAAAGGCCAGCGGGGGCAACUAAGCCAAAUAUAGUUAUAAUAAUUUCAGAUGAUAUGGGUUUCGAUGAUGUCAGCUUUCGCGGUUCAAAUGAAUUUCUAACACCCAAUAUUGAUGCUUUAGCUUACAAUGGCGUUAUUCUAAAUAAUUUGUAUACGCCCGCUAUGUGUACCCCUUCUAGAGCAGCUCUAUUAACGGGCAAAUAUCCUAUUAAUACCGGCAUGCAGCAUUAUGUUUUAGUGAACGAUCAACCUUGGAGUUUGCCAGUAAAUGAGACAACUAUGGCGGUGAUAUUUCAGGAGCAUGGUUACUACACCAGCUUGAUUGGCAAAUGGCACUUGGGAAUGUCGCGCAAAGUUUACACGCCCACAUUUAGGGGCUUCGACUAUCAUUACGGUUAUUUGGGUUCCUACGUGGACUACUACGACCAUACUUUACUUCAAAGGAGCGAAAACUAUUCACGAGGCCAUGAUUUUCGUUUAAAUUUGGAUUCCAUACACGAUCAGACGGGUGCCUAUGUCACCGAUCUGUUAACGGAAGCAUCAGUUAAUCUAAUAAAACGACAUGACUACGAUGCAAAACCUUUAUUUUUAAUGUUAAGUCACUUAGCACCUCAUUCAGCGAACGAGGAGGAUCCCUUGCAAGCGCAUGAUUUAGAAAUUGAAAAGUUCUCCUAUAUCAAAAAUCCACAGCGGAGAAUCUAUGCAGCUAUGAUGUCAGCUUUGGAUAAUAGCGUGGGUCAAGUGAUCGGAGCCCUGGCAGACAUGGAAGUAUUAAAAAAUACAAUUGUACUUUUCCUUUCGGAUAACGGUGGUCCCACGACGGGCUUGCAUGCUAACACUGCCUCCAAUUAUCCAUUAAGAGGACAAAAAAAUUCACCCUGGGAAGGUGGGCUUCGGUCAUCGGCUGCUAUUUGGUCAACGCAGUUAGAAAAGUUGGGUUCAAUAUGGCAACAAACAUUCUAUAUAGCCGAUUUUUUGCCAACUUUGGCAUCAGCUGUAGGCAUUUACUUGGAUAUAGGCUCUCUAAAGCUAGAUGGUUUGAACCUGUGGUCGGCUUUAAAAUAUGGUUACGAGAGAGUUGAACGCGAAAUCUUACAUAAUAUUGACGACAUAGAUAACUACGUAUCUUAUUCGAAAGGCAAAUGGAAAUUCAUUAACGGUACUACCCAAGAAGGAAAAUAUGAUGACUGGCUAAGUGAAAGGAUCGAUAGUAGUAGUUGGGAUCCCAGGUCUUUGAAUUAUGAGGAAAUAAUUAGAAAUACGACAGUGUGGCAAAAUCUUCAUUACCUCAACAUAUCUCCAUCUGUGGUAAACAUUACAAAGCUACGCCAAGCAGCCUCAGUAAAGUGUUUGGAAAAAGAUCCUGCAUUGUUGCAAGCAUGCGAGCCAUUAAAAGGACCCUGCUUGUUCGAUUUAGAUAAUGAUCCGUGUGAACAGAACAACUUAUACGAUGAGCAGCAUAAGAAUUCUAAAAUAGUUUUGGAAAUGCUUGAACGCGUUGAUAUUUUACGCCAGCAAGUUCAUCCUAUGAAUAAUAAGCCGGGUGAUCGGCGUUGUGAUCCUAUAAAUUAUAACAACGAGUGGACAUGGUGGGAAGAUAUACUAGAAAAUGGUGCUACAGAACUUGCAUCAUUUGCAAAUAAUCUCAAACUCUUAUUUGUUUUAUCUACUUUAGCAUUAUUACGUUGAUACAAAGUAAUCAAAUAAAAAUAUUUGUGAUACAAGAAUUUAAAAAAUUAAAAAAAAGGAAAAAAAAUAUUUUUCAUAAAAUUAAGA